GAUUAUUCUUACUUUUAACCUGCUAAAGCGCGAAAUAACCUUGUACACAACAAAACACAAACCCGAAUACUGAUUUUAUCAAAUUUUGACAUGUUUUCUUUUAUAUAAACACCGAUAUUUUAAAUUUUAUUCUAUAAAACUGACAACAUGGUCAGAUUCAAAAACAGGUAUAUUACUGUGGAAAUAAAAAGCCAGACGAACAGAACGUUUAAAAGCAAUGAAAUUACACGCGAGCUGUUUCACAAAGUGAAGGAAGUAUUUGGCGAGUACGGCACUGCUUCGAUACAGAAUGGUUUUUCAGCUUCUUACUGUAAUGAGUUGACAAAUGUAGUGAUCCUAAGGGUGAAGCACGGACCGCACAAAUAUAUCACUACUACGUUACCGCUUAUAACAAAAAUUGGAAAAGACAUUGCCAAGCUCCGUAUCAUCCAUGUCGGAGCAACGCUGCGGCACAGCUACAUGAAUAUUGUUAGGCACCAGAAGACGAAGCUGGAUCGGAUUUUAAAACAAGCCAAAACUGAAGAGGAGAAAGAAGCCCUUGAAGCCAAAGUGCUCCAGAUAAAGGGAAUUCUUCAAAACGCAAAAGACAAUAUAUCUAUGCAAUUGUAAAUAAAAUAAUAUAAUUUUAUUGUUA